CAAAAUGCAAGUGUUGGGGGGGCGCUUCCAAAACACGGACAAGGAGAGAGUACAUGUGCAACUUCUCAAGGUAGCGAGAUACAAGGCACGCAUGUACUAUGGACAGCAAGACAAGGUAGACACAACCAUCAAAGCAGACAAACUGCCUGAUGGUGUAAGACUCGGUCUCUCCAGGCGAUAUUAA